CGCCCUCGUGCGUGGAUAGAACACAUAUGAUGGCUAAGUCGACAAUGACUUGACAAGUUCACUUGAUUGACUGACAUCAUUGCCGACAACCUCCACAUUGAGUCGCUUGCUCAGACGCCGAGUGUGCAGUGUCCCCGACGACCCAUUGCCCGCCCAUUGCCCGCCCAUUGCCCGUCCAUUCACCGCUCAGAGGUGUAUUGAUCGGUGAUUGACCUCGGGCUCAUCAGCCGUCGACCGCUUGAUGAUGAUGAUGAUGAUGAUGACUGACGAAGACUUUGACGAGGAUUACGAUGACCCGUUGUUCCCGUUGUCGGAAGAGGCCCCUGAGAAUCACAAUGCGGGCAGUCCGCGCUCUCAGGUCUUGGGAUUCCAGCCGCAAAAGGAGAUCUUCUAUCAAGCCAGUCUGCCGUAUGCGGCCCAAUUGGACCGGGAGUCGGUGCAAGACUUGGCCCGCAUCAAAAGCGGGCUGAGUCAGGCCGUGGCUCGACGGGAGAUCCAACCCGCCGCCUUGAUUUGGCUCACGCGGAUUAGUCGAUUUUUGCGUCACUACGGUUUCAAGUUCUCCUUGAGCGAUCACUUGAGCCUGAUUCGGCUGGUCGAGUCCUUGCUGUGGCUGCCGAAUUGUGAUCCUUGGUGGAUCACCAAAGUGUCCUCGGUCUUGAUCAAUCUGCUCCGCCGCAAAGAGCUCAUUCCCCGGAGCGAACUCACCUUGGACUGGCGACCCUACUAUGACCUUUAUGAGCGUAUCAUGUUUUCUCCUUUCGAGCCUGUGGGCCUUGUCCUCAACCCCAGCUCGGUGGGCAAGAACUUGCGCUCUCUGAACCGCUUGGUUCGGGCCUAUUUCCCGCCUGAGGCCACGGCCCAGAUCCUGAUCGAGAUCCGACCCCUCAUGUGCCCCUACGAUGUGACCAUGGGCAAGGCCAUGGCUUAUGCCGAGAUGUUCUUGCCUUCGUACGACGUGCAAGCUAUCGCCGAUCAGACGUAUCGCCUUUGGUUCGACGAGUUCAUGCGCUUCUGGGACGCCUGUCACAACUCACCUCCGUGGGAAUCGAGCUUGAUGGCCUUGUUUGCCCGAUUGGCCGAGAACAACAUCGGCCAGAUCAAUUGGGAGCCCUACAUCCCGUUGAUUUUCACGCGGAUUAUGCAUGGCUUCAAUUUGCCUGUGACCUACAAAUCCACAUCGGUGGGGGGCAAGCCCCAAAUGUCGGACAUGACCACCAUCGUGCGCUGGAUCGUGUCCACCAUGGGACCCCAAUCGUCCUCGCAACGUCAUCUCCGACAAAUGGUGCUGGCCAUUGAAACCUACUACAAUGCCGCCAAUUGCGGACGACACUCGGCCAAACUCAUCGAUUUUCUGUGGAAGCUGGCCCAAGCCUUUGUCCGACGCAUCCACAGAGAGCGGUAUGCCAAGGUCAAAUGGGGCAUGGAAGUGGCGGAAGAGCACAAGUUGAGCGAUGAGGCCAUCACGGACUUUGUCACGUGUCUCAAGCCCAUCGCCCUGGCCAAUCUAUACUCACGAACGGGAAUGGUCGAUCAAGGCGUAACCAUUCAAAUCCUGAGCACGCUCCGCCCCGAGAUCAUGCUUCCGCCCAUUCUUGAGCGUAUGAACUCGGCCCUCGAGACGUUGACUGAGCCUCACAAACUCACGGCCUCGCUCCACGCCAUGUCCUCCGUGUCCAGGAGUCUGGUGUAUCCGGGUCCCACCUUCCCCGAGGGUCCCACCCAUGUGAUCCCACUGAUGAUGGCUUGCCUACCCGGCAUCGAUCCCAACGACAUCCGCAAGUCUAUGGUCACCAUCCAAUUUAUCUCGAUCUACUGCACGCUCAUCCCGAUCGUGGACUGCUCGCAGGCCUCUCAACACUACACGGAUCUGAGCGAGGCCGAGCGCGAGAUCGCCUGCCAAACGGCGCAAUUCGAGGAUUUCGUGGCCGAGUUUCUCCAGCGAUGCUUCGCUCUCAUUGAAAGCUCGACCUUCCAUCAAACUCGCGAGGAAGUGUCCGAGCAUAAGAACAACAUGGAGGAUUCCAUGAAGGACGUGGGUCUGGCCUCAACCUUCACCUCCAUCUUGUUCCAAUGCUCUGAAGCCAUUUUCGACAUGGCCUUGCGGAAAGUGCAAGAUUUUGUCCACGGGCGAAUCCUGGAGACAAAAGUGGCGGGCAAGAUGGCUGCUUCUCUCUGUCGAGCCUUGUGCAAAGUCCGUCCCGAAAAGGCCCUGAAGAUGUUCAUACCUCCGGCCAUUCAAUCCGUGACUCAGCUCUUGACCACCCACACUCAAACCGACGAGACCCUGGAUGACGAGCUGAAGUUCAAUCUCUUGAUCUUAUCCGAGUGUCUGCGAUCUCCUGGUCCUCAUGUACUAGCAUUUGUUCCGGAGGUCGAGAAGAUCCUCCAGCAAACUCUGCACAUCAAGAACAAGGAUGGUCGUCAGUUGGUGAUGAGCAUGCUCAAAAACGUAAUGACCGUCCUGACUUCGCUCUCGGUGCUUGAUCAUCGAUCCAUCCCCGAAGGCUACGACCGACCUCUGAAGGAGUUCCUUCCUAUUCGGGCCUGGGGCAAACCGGGCAACAUCCACGAUCUUCAGUUGAAAUGGCACAUUCCGUCCGGUGAGGAAUUUGAGACAGCUCAAAGACUCUUGAACACGUUCCUGGGCCAAGAGCUCGACUACUUGACCCAAUUCGCAUCAAGCCAAAGUGCUUGGGACAAGGAGGCUCUGCGAGCUCGAUUGGAAGUGAUUCAAGCCAUCCUCCAGGGUUGCGGGUAUGUCCUGCCUUUUUGGCACGAGGAGGAGGCCCCCGUUCCACUCUUCGAGUCCCAAGUGGAUUGCGACCCCUUGCCUAUUUUGACCAUUCAUCCCCAUGACAUGGAGCUCACUUUUAGGGGGCGCAAUGCUCGACUGGCCAUCCUCGAAGUCAUUGAUUUGGUUCAGGCUAGGUUAUUGAGCAGUGUGGAGGACGACACCAAAUCAUUGCUCUCCAUCGUGUCCAUCUACCAUUCCUUGGUGUUGUACAUGGGGAUCACCAAGGACAUGUACGACUCUCGAGUCAAGAGCUAUCGAGCCGUGAAGAGGGUGCUGGACAAUAAGUUGGUCGGGUGUCGACGACAACUUCGCGUUUUGAUUUUGGAUCGAGUGUUUCUUCAACAUCAGGAACGAAUGGCCGAGAGGAACAAUGUACCCUUCACCAAAUCCCAUCAGAAGGUCAUCGAGAACUUGUUCAAGCUGUCCACGUCUCACUACAGUCAAGUGCGUCGAGUGGCCCAAGACGCGUUGUCCCAAUGCAUUAGCAACUUCAACUCUGGCUUCCAAGAGGUCGUUCCCAAGGUGUUGGAAUUCCUCCAGAACGAUCCCGCCAUCAGCCAUGAACAGUUCAAAGGGGCCUUGUACGUCCUGCUUUCCACGGGUUCACGGAAGACCCUUUUGGCCAAGCGCAAUUGGAACGUUCUGGGCCAACUCUGGCCGGCUUUGGUGGACGCUCAGCACAGCGAGAAGCUGAGCAUCAUCAAGCUGCUCGACAAACUGAUCAGCGCCACCUUCAAGGCUUUGCCCACCUUCGCUCUUACCUAUCAAGUCCCAGAUUUGGCCGUGGAUCGAGCCCGGGCUCUCUGGGACAACGGUUCUGAGCCCAAACCCGUGGGCGAGUUUCCCUCGGCGAACGAAAUUGCCCUGGGUCAGACCAACUUGACCAAGUGGAAUGAGACCAAUAUCCAGUCCUAUCACAAACUAGUCAACGACUUGUGUGAGCGUCUCGAAUCGGGUCAGCUCCACUGGCGCCAUUAUCACAUGGCCGUGUCCACGUUCAGCGCUCUGUGUCGAUACGAUAUUGAACUGCCGGUGCGUGGCGUUAAAAUCCUGGUCAACAAUUUGAUCCACGAGAACUUGAGUGUGCGGAAGGCUUCGCAUUGUCUCGUGGCCAGCAUUUUGAAACAACAAAAACGCAAGCACCCCAAGAUCGAGAUUCAUCCCGUGGAGAACCCCGAGAUCCCGCCCGAAUUUCCCGGUGAUCGGCCGGACAAUGAGUGGUUGUGCUAUGAUCCCAAGAGAGUGCCCAAAUCGGCGGCCGAGUGGGAUGAGCCUCGUUACGUGCACAAGACUCAUUUCGGAUAUUAUAGUUGGCCGAAGAGAAUGAUGAUCUACGCUCCCUCAUCGGCGCAGCCCAAGUUGAGAAGAACGCGCGACGAGUUGUCCGAGGGUGAGAAGCCCGUGUUCGAUUUCUUUUCCGACGCUUCCAAUGUGGAGCAGAUGGUCACGUUCCUCUCGUUGGAGGAGUGCAAAGGACGGGACAAGUUCGAUCCUCGUCGGUUCUCCUUGUUCAAGGGGCUUUUUCGCAAUUUUGGCGACACGUUCCUGCCUCUGUUCCGUCCUCAUUUGGAGCGUUUGAUCGCCGAGGACAAGGAGAGCUCGUCCAGGUGUGUGGCCGAAAUAUUGGCCUCGAUAAUUCGCGGAGCCAAGCAUUGGCCCUACGACAUGACCGAAGCCAUGUGGGCGUGGGUGGUGCCCUUGAUUCGGAAAGCUUUAGGUAAAAUCACCGUGGAAACGGUCAACGACUGGGGCACUUGUUUCGCCACGUCCUCAGAAUCGCGAGAUCCGUUCCGCAUUCAUUGGAUGCUGGAGGUGCUAAUGGAGGAGCCCUUGCGAUCCCAAGGCUCCUUCAUCGACGCCUCCAGACUCUACGCCGUCCAAGGCAGCCUCGCCCAGCAAGAAUGGCGAGCAGGCGAACUCUUACAUCGACUCCUCGCCUUUCUCAAACCCUUCUUGACACACCCGUAUCAAAACGUGCGCGAGAGGAUCGGAUCCGUGCUCACGAGCAUCUUCUACGAAGACCUAGAAUAUGAGAAAGAGGACCCGGACAAGCCCAAGCGUUGUCCACGAGUGGCCGACUUUGUCAACGAGCUCGUCCCGCAAUUGGAGAUCCUCUGUGACGAGCCUGAUCCCGCCGUGGUGACUUUCCAAAGAAGUCGAACCGUGGCCCCCGCUGCACCCUUACCGCCCUUGGGAAUGGAAUCCCUCAAUGGCAUGCCGCCCUUCCUAGGUCCAGACGGAAUGGCCAUUCCUCCCGAAAUGAUCACCAUGAGUCCUAAAGGCAUACCUCUGAUCCGAAUCCCGGGACCUCCGGGCGCUCCGCCCAUGAUGAUUCCCUUGAUGGGUCCCAACGGCGAACCCAUUCAACUUCCACCGGGUGGAACGCCACCCAUGAUGGGCCCGGACAUGUCCAUGAUGCCCCACGACGGACCACCUGCACCCGUACCCGCCCAACUACCUCCGCCGCUCGCUUCAGACACUUCCAGUGUUGAACUGACAGAUGAGAAAGCUUUGGAGUACGAAAAACGACAAGUGGCCAUUCGACUCCUCCAAACGACUGCUCGCUUCCUCUACGGUUCUCUGAUCCGGGCUUACAACGGUGCCAAGCCCGAGAUCUUCAAGCUUUUACCGGUGCUCUGUAACAACGAAGCCAACGAUUUCGAGCCCAAUUUGGCGCGAGAUUGUAAAGUUACAUUGGCCACCAUUGGGUCCAUGAUAGUACCUUUCGCGUCUGUGCCGCAUCUUCUGCAGGGAGUCACAGAUGUGAUGGCUCUUUCCUCGUGGAAGGCCAAUUGUUCGGCCCUUCAUCUGCUCGAGGUGUCGGUGUUCAUGAAUCUUCCCUCUUUGAUGUCGAGAGCCGAGUGGAUGGAUCAGGUGUUGGAUAUAGCCACGAAGGCCGUGGAUUCGGACAGGGUCGAGAUUCGAGAGAAGGCCGGCCAAUUCCUCAGUGGAUUGCUCCAUUGCGAUUUCAUUUCUGAGACCAGGAAACAGGAGUUGUUGGACUCUUAUAAAUCCAAGGCCAAGACCAAAUUGUCCAAGAAGAAGAAGCAGUCAGCCCAAGGAACGGAGGAUGAGGUUCAAAAAGAAGAGGCACGCAAGCAAAAGGCCAUUUUGAAGCGUCAUAUUGGCGUGAUCGGACUGAGCGCCUUCGUGUCGGCUUAUCCGUAUGACGUGCCCGAUUUUGUUCCGGAUAUCCUGAUGAUUUUGAGCGACAGAGUCCACGAUCCCCAGCCCAUUCCCACUCUUAUGGACUUUAAGAGGACUCAUCAAGACAAUUGGGAGGAGCAUAAGAUGAAGUUUUCCGAGGAUCAGCUCUCCAUCCUCACGGACUUGCUUGUGUCCCCGAGUUACUACGCCUGAUUCUAAUCCAAGCUGAAUCACUCGCCGACCACAAGGGCAACAACGAACAAUUGUCUCGGUUUGAGCGCGACACAACAACAACAACAACAACUAUCUACAUACAAGAAUAUCCGUCUCUUUUUUUACGUUUACAAUACAUCUAUAUUUUCCUCAUGCCAAUAGCCAAAUUUGGAUUACCGUGGAUUGUAAUAAAUUACUACUGCAUUGAA